CACUUUCUUCUUCCGGUAUCCAGGUACGUAGAUCGACACCAAAAAAUUCUUUUUGAAUUAAAUUUGUGAUCAUCAUAUCGCAUUAAAUAGCAAUUGAUCUGCAAUGGCCAAGUCAAAGAAUCAUACAAAUCACAAUCAAAACCGAAAAGCCCACCGAAAUGGUAUCAAGAAACCAAUUCGCAAGCUACAUGAAUCUACCUUAGGCAUGGAUGCCAAAUUCGUUCGCAACCAACGGUUCGCCCGUAAAGGAAAUGUUGGUGUGGUGGAGGCACGCAAAAGACACGAAGAGAAGAAAAAGGAACGUGCCAGUCGCCCAAAGGCAAUUAAAUUGUAGAUUUACAAUACAAACGAAUAAACGGUGAAUUCAA